AUGUCAAACAUGUUUGAUCAUGGUGACACUGUUCAUUUAGUUCAAAAAGUGCCCGUACGAUCGGUUAAAUCGACCAUUGCUAUGGUUGACGAAGACGAUGAAUCUGAUGAUCCUUUAUUACAACGAUUGAAGGGAAUACGUCCAGGACGAUUAAAAAAUGCCGUAACUCGAACAUCAUUCAAUGAAGAAAAUGAUCGAACCACAUGUUCAUCAUCAUCAUCAUUAAUAACUGAUCAUAAUUUGACUAAUAAUUAUUAUAUCGAUGUUCUUGAAUUUAGUGAUUGUCUAUUUGUUGACGAAAUACAUGAAUUACAUGACGAGUAA